UGAGGAGGAAACUGCCCAAGAGGAGAAAUGUGGAUCAGAGGAUAUAUUUGUUUGGUCAAGCGCUUGGAGCGAUACAGAAACUGAGAAAGAAAGCGAAGCCAAGGAUGGGGAUUGGAAGUCACCUAAGAGCUCCACAGAUUCAAUUGAUUCCACUGGAGAUGAUGAAAUGGAAGAGGAUCCUGCUGAUGAACAUCUAGAGAAGGAUAUCAGAGUUAAUUCUGACACUCCUGGAUACAAUGAACCUAAGUUCAUUGUGUUUUACUCCAUGCUACUACAACUGUUCACACUCUUGUGUUUUAACUGCAAAGCAAAUUUUCCAAAAGCUAGAAUGAGGCAGUGUGGAACGAUGGUUAUAGUGACUCAGAGUUGUCCACAAUGUCACAAGGAGUACACUUGGAAAUCACAGCCAACUGUUUUGGGAAAGAACCCUGUCGGUAAUAUCUUGUUAAGUUUUAGAGUCUUGAUGGCUGGGGCAUCGAUAAGCAAGGUCUUGCUGGUAUUCCGCCAUAUGGGGCUCUGUGCGUAUUCUGGCCGCACCUAUUUUCGACAUCAGAGGUCUUUCCUAUUCCCUGCUGUGCUCCUCUACUGGGAAAGAUAUCAGGCAAAACUGAUAGAGAAUAUUAAGAAAUUAAAAAAUGUGGCAUGGACCGGUGAUGGCAGGUUUGAUUCCAUGGGGCAUUCUGCAAAAUAUGGAGUGUACACAAUGUUUUGUACCACAAUCUUGAAAGUUGUCCACUUUGAAUUAGUUCAGGCAAAUGAAACUGGAGGAAGUCAACAGACUGAGCUGGAAGGAGCAAAGAGAUGUUUUUCUUUUUUGCAGCAUCUUGGUUUAUCAAUUGGUAUUUUUGUGUCUGAUAGGCAUAGAGGCAUUGCAAAGUGGAUUAGGGAGAACUGUGUCAACACCAAGCAUUAUUUUGAUAUAUGGCAUGUAGCGAGAUCACUGGGGAAAAAGUUGUUGGCUCUGAGCAGAGAGAAAGGGUGUGAAGUUGUUAAAGAAUGGAUGAAAGGAAUAAGAAACCACCUCUACUGGUGUGCAACCUCAACAAAAGCUGGGUUUGAGUCCCUCAUCCUUGCCAAAUGGAACUCAUUUUUGCAUCAUGUCAGCAACAAACACAGUAACUACCCAGAUCCACUUUACAAACAGUGCCAUCAUGGACAGCUUGAACCCAGAAAGUGGAUUAAAGUUGGAACUGAAGCAUAUGACAAACUGAAACUGCUGUUGACCAAGAGAAUGUUAUUGAAUGAUAUAAAGAAACUUUCACCAGAUGCCCAGACGAGCUGCCUUGAAGGCUUCCAAGCAACCUUGAACUACUGGCAUCCUAAAAUGACCUGCUUUACUUGGCUGGGGACUCUCAGCAGGCACAUACUUGCAAGUUUGCAUUUCAACGAGAAUCUCCAGAGGGAAACCCAAAGGGCAAGGGAUGGACAUGAAUACAUUCAGGUCACGUACCCAAAAUUUAAAAUGGGAGAGGAAGUUGUGCGAGAGGUGGCAUGCCCACCUACCUAUGGUUAUGUUGAUGGUUUGAGGAAACUUAUUUUCACUUUUCCAAAAGAAAAGAGGGAGGAAGUAAUCAAGAAGUACACAGCAAGAGCACCUGAGCCCCUCCACCGACAGUUUCCAGAAAGAUUGAGCAAGGAGGAAGCUGUGAAGGCAUACAAGGCUAGGAAGGCAAUGAAGAAAACAGCACUAUUUCCACCC